GUGGCGGCGCGCGCUGGCGCGGGGAUGUGAGGGGGUGCGUCCGGAUCGCGUCCAGGCUCACAACGCUAUUUGCCGCGCCAAGCAACGGAAGACUUUCCAGGUAGCAGCAACAGCAGCAGCAGCAAACGACCAUGUACCGAGGAUACCCAGGAUCGCUGCGCGGAAGACACUCCGGGACCGCCGCCGUACGGAUACGGGCCCGGCCCGGAAUGCCCUCCGCCAGUGUAUGCGCCUCCACCGCCACCUCCGAGGCCGUUCUCGCCUCCACACCACCAUCACCACCAUGGGCCACCUCCCCCUCCGGUCUUCUACGAAGGCCCGCCGCCGCCACACCACCAUCACCACCCACCUCCUGGAUGGUAAGGUUACCGAUACCGUAGCGCUCAAGCAGAUACAGUAUGUUAUCGAGCGCCGUAAGAAAAUAUAUCCCGUUCCUCAAUUGCU